CUGAAUUAUCAAUACUUAAGAGCACAAGUUCGUAGUAGUCCUGUCUCUGGAAUGGUAGGCACUUGGUGGAAUAAUAUAUAUUCAAAAAUACCAGAACCGCUCUUGAGAUCGAAGCCUCUUUCAUCUCGAAGGGAUGUGAUAUGCCAAGAAAUCGAGGAUAUUUAUAUGUCAAGCUUACAGAAAUCAAUGGCUCAGUAUGUUUUACUCAAGCCUCAUAUUAAGCUAGUAGAAGGCGAAGAUCAACGCAAGGCUGAUCCUACUGGCCUUGACUUUUCAACUCCAUGGAAGAAAAAUUUUGAAGAUGCGAGGCGGAAGUUGAUUAGUGAUCUGCAUAUUCUACAUCCCGCAAUGCUGAAAAUUUUAUGCCUUUCCCAAAAAUUUAGAGAUCAGGAAAUUGUAAACUUUAAGAACAUCAGGGAUAAAGGUCCAAACGAAUUAGGAGAUCUGAAAAAUGACAUUGUCAUAGACUGUGAAAGAACUGAGGAAAAAAUAUUGAACAAAUGGUUUCCAGAAAUAUUAAAUAUAUUUAGCGAUCGUAAAUUGUUCGCUGAAGUAACUGGCUCAAAAGCAGAUUCUUUCUUUUCAAGUGUUUCGAUAUUGAUUUCAAAUUUGAUGAAAAACUAUAUUAACCGUACGAUUGGAGAAUGGGUUGCGUUAUUUGAUCAAGAUAUAAACCUUACGAAGAUGCCUCAAUUUAAUUUAUCGCUGACUUUAGAAAACAAUGAAUUGAUCUUCUAUCCGUCCAGAGAAGAACUUGAAGCUGCACUAUUAGGCGUUGUUACAACUGUAGCAAACACCCUACAAAAAAUUCCAACAGUACAGUCUUGGCUAAAUGGAAACUCCAAUAUAUUUCAUGAUACCUGUGUUGAUGCAUCGGUUCUGGGUGAAGCUAAUAAACGGUUGUUAAGUGUUGUAGAAAAUAGUUUUAACGAACUUUAUGGUUACCUGAACAUAUAUGAUCCGUAUAGAUUCUUAGUAGAUGGCACUGCAGAAACUGAGGUGGUAACGUUUUUGAGUGGGGAACAUUCUUUUGAGGAAUACUGCACGAAAGUUGGACGCUUUCGUUCAUUGGCGAAAGAAAUUAUGGGUUUACCAAAUUGGGCACAUUUCGCAAUGGUCAGGUUAGAUUGCGAAGAAAUAAAAUUUUGCCUUGCAGAUAUUGCGAGAAGCUACGCUAAUAGGCUGAUGCGAAAAUUGUCCGAGGAUCAUCGACAAGAAAAUUUGAGAAUAUGUCAUGAAUAUGAAGAAAUUCAACGUCGAGCUUCGGCUGUGCCACAGUCAACGAAGGACAUGAUUGAUAGCAUCAACUACAUUACAGAUGCAAAAGCAUUGAAGCUUUUCCAGCUGAACGAAAAGAUAAAAAGUUCCUUCCAUAGGCUACUAUAUCUAUUAGAAGCUAGUUUAUUAUGUUCCGACGAUAUCGAAUUAAAUAGUAUUACAUUAACUUGGCCUCAAAGAAUAGAUCCAGUUUUCGAAGAGAAUGAUGAUAUAAUCGCUACAGCUAGAAAAAAUAGCGAACGCAAUCUGGUAGAUAAAAGGGAGAAAGUGCUUCUCGAUUUAGAGAAAUUGAAUAGGCGUGUAAUGGAAUAUAAUGAAUAUGGUGACUUAGAUAUGAUGAAUCAAUACGUCAAGGAUGUUCAAAGCACACAAAGAAAAAUUCAAGAAAUAUCUGAAAUGAUUUCUGUUAUAAAUGAGGAGGAACAGCUUCUGCAAUGGGAGUCUACCUAUUACCCGGAGAUUGAGCAUUUAUCGAAUACCCUGGAACCAUUUUCUAAGCUUUUUACGCUUGCCGUAAGAUGGCAAAAAUCAGAAAAAAAGUGGACUGAUGGAUCCUUCCUGGAUUUGAUUGCGGAAACGGUUGAAAAUGAGGUAAACGAAUACAAUCGGGAUAUUCUGAAGGUUGCAAAGGUGUUUACAGCUAGACUAAAGAAAGGUAAAGGGAAAGAGGCAACACGUCAGAAGAAAGGAGAAAGAUUGUCAGAUAGGGAAAUAAAAGAUGAGGAAACUCCAGCUAUUAAAGUUUCCAACGCUAUUCAAAAGCAAAUAUUGGAUUUUAAGGUUCAUAUUCCAUUGGUGACUACUCUAUGUAACCCUGGUAUACGGGACAGACACUGGAAACAAAUGUCGCAGUUUAUAGGAUUUGAUCUAACACCUGAUUCUGGAACCACCUUAAGGAAAGUCUUGAAAAUUAAUUUACAGCCAUAUAUGGAAGAAUUCGAAAAUAUUAGCUUAGCCGCUAGUAAGGAGUUUGCACUGGAAAAAUCACUGCAGCGCAUGGUUGAAGAGUGGGACGCCGUAAAUUUUAAUACGACUACUUACAGAGACUCAGGCAUUGUUAUCCUAGCAGCUAUCGACGAUAUUCAGACCCUCCUUGAUGAUCAAAUUAUCAAAACGCAGAUAAUGAAGGGGUCUCCUUUUAUCAAACCUUUUGAAAAAGACAUUAAAGAAUGGGAGGAAAGAUUAACGAGAGUUCAAGAUAUUAUAGAUGAAUGGCUCAAGGUUCAGGCUCAAUGGCUAUAUUUAGAGCCAAUUUUUAGUUCGGAGGACAUUAUGCUACAGAUGCCAGAAGAGGGGCGGCUUUUUCAAACAGUUGAUAGAACUUGGAAGGACGUAAUGAAGAAUGCGCUGAAAGAUCCAAAAGUUCUUGCGGCAACUUCUAUGGCAAAUUUACUGGAAAGAUUGACGGACUGCAAUCGACUUUUGGAAAAAAUAAAUAAAGGGUUAAAUCAGUAUCUAGAAAAGAAACGCUUAUACUUUCCGAGAUUUUUCUUUUUGUCAAAUGACGAAAUUUUGGAAAUCUUAUCGGAAACCAAAGAUCCUACUCGAGUUCAACCGCAUCUAAAAAAAUGUUUUGAAGGGAUUUCGGAACUAGAUUUUACAAAUAACAUGAACAUAACUGCAAUGUACAGCGCUCAAGGGGAGAAGAUUGAUUUUACGGAAAGGAUAUCUACUUCAGAAACGAAGGGAGCAGUUGAAAAAUGGUUACUUAGGGUUCAAAACGUCAUGUUUUUAAGCGUUAAGAACGUUUUAGAUAAGGCAUUAGAGGCAUAUACUGACGACGAAAGGUCUAUUUGGGUUACUGAAUGGCCAGGCCAGGUGGUACUGACAGUAAACCAGAUCAUUUGGACUAGAGAAACGCAUGAUGCAAUAAAACUAGGUCCGCAUGGCUUAAACGAUUACCAUGAUAGACUACAGAGACAGCUUGAAAACAUUGUCAAACUGGUUCGAGGGGAAUUGUCAAAACAAACGCGCAUUACGCUUGGUGCUCUUGUAGUUAUCGACGUUCACGCUAGGGAUGUAAUUUUAGAAUUAGCUGAUAAAGGCGUUAGUAGUGAGAGCGAUUUCCAGUGGCUUUGCCAGCUGCGAUACUAUUGGCAUUUAGAUGACAUAACUAUUCGCAUUGUUAAUGCGAGUGUAAACUACGGAUAUGAAUAUUUAGGGAAUACCAGUCGACUCGUUAUUACUCCUUUGACUGACCGGUGCUAUCGGACGCUAGUGAGUGCUUAUAGUCUAAACUUAAACGGCGCUCCUGAAGGUCCAGCCGGUACUGGGAAAACUGAAACUGUUAAGGAUUUAGCGAAAGCACUGGCCAAGCAAUGCGUUGUUUUUAACUGUUCUGAUGGUUUAGACUAUCUUGCUAUGGGAAAGUUUUUUAAAGGCUUAGCGUCCUCCGGUGCAUGGGCGUGUUUCGACGAAUUCAAUAGGAUAGAACUGGAAGUCUUGUCUGUUGUUGCCCAGCAGAUUUUGGCUAUCCAGCGAGCUGUUCAGAGUCAGUUAGACCGAUUUGUCUUUGAUGGAACUGAAAUCGUUCUUAAUCCAAGCUGUUAUGUAUGCAUUACCAUGAACCCAGGAUAUGCUGGUCGGUCGGAAUUACCUGACAACUUAAAAGUUUUAUUUAGAACGGUCGCAAUGAUGGUCCCUGAUUACGCUCUGAUAAGUGAAAUCAUGUUAUAUUCAUAUGGUUUUGUUGAUGCCAGGAAUCUUGCGAUCAAGAUCGUAUCCACAUAUCGUCUUUGUUCUGAAUUACUAUCUACGCAAUUUCAUUACGAUUAUGGCAUGAGAGCUGUAAAGGCGGUUUUGGCUGCUGCCGCUAAUUUGAAAUUGAAACAUCCUAGUGAAAAUGAAAGUGUAUUGCUAUUACGCUCCAUAAUUGACGUAAAUUCUCCAAAGUUUUUAGCCCACGAUAUUCCUCUGUUCGAGGGAAUAGUAUCCGAUUUGUUUCCAAAUAUUAAUUUGCCUAAACCGAAUUAUGCAUACUUGAUUGAUGCUGCCAAAGAGAUUUGUACUGGAAAGAAUUUGCAAUUUGUAGAGUUUUUUAAACAGAAAUUGAUUCAAACUUACGAGAUGAUGAUUGUGCGCCAUGGGUUCAUGUUAGUAGGUGGGCCGUUAGCCGGUAAAACGAAGGUGCUAGAGAUUUUGGCAGAAACUUUAGCAUCCUUACAUCAAAAGGGUUUUGAUGAGGAUAAGGUGCAGUAUCGAAUAAUCAAUCCGAAAGCUAUUACAAUGGGACAACUAUUUGGGCAAUUCGAUCCAGUUUCUCACGAAUGGACUGAUGGCGUAAUUGCGACAACAUUUCGAGAGUUUGCUCAUUCUUCUAAAACACGAAAUUGGGUAGUAUUUGAUGGUCCUGUGGAUACCCUUUGGAUCGAAAGUAUGAAUACAGCUUUAGAUGACAAUAAGAAACUUUGUUUAAUGAGUGGGGAAAUUAUUCAAAUGUCCGAUAAGAUGAGCCUAAUAUUUGAGUGUUUGGAUUUGUCGCAGGCAUCACCUGCGACUGUUAGCCGCUGUGGUAUGAUAUACUUAGAGCCAGCAUCGCUCGGUUGGGAACUCUUACUUUUAUCUUGGCUUGAAGAAUUGCCCGGUGGAUUGCAGGAUGCCUGUCCUUAUAUCCUUGCUUUGAUGAAGUGGAUGGCAACUGCAUGCUUAGAUUUUAUCUACAGAAAUUGCAAGCAACUCGAACAUACGUCUAGUAGUAGUCUUGUAAUGUCAUUCUUAAAGUUAACCAAAGCCUUGAUAUUGCCGUAUGGUGAAGAACUUGUCUCAGAGAACAAGCAUAAACGCACGUGGAUAACGGCUUCAAUUAUCUUUGCGUGUGUAUGGUCUGUUGGCGGGAGUGUCGAUGGUGAAAGUCGAACAAAAUUUGAUAUUUUCUUACGUGAACUAUUAUCUGGCAAAGUUUCUACUUAUCCAAUCCCUGAUAUACUAGGGAGGAUUGAUGUACCACUGCCCGAAACUGGGCUGUUAUAUGACUAUGUUUAUGAGAAUAAGGGCCGAGGCAGAUGGUUACCAUGGCUAGAUUCGAAGAAUGGAAUUACAAUUCCUUUGGAUGCGAAAAUGAAUGAAAUAAUAGUUCCUACGACAGAUACUAUGCGUUAUUCUUAUUUACUAGAUUUAUUGAUUCAAUAUGGUCUACCUAUACUAUUGGUUGGACCUACGGGAACUGGCAAGACGAUGUACGUGAAGGAGAAGUUAAUACAUAAGCUACCGAGGGAUCGUUAUUCUCCUGUGUUAAUAAACUUUUCUGCCCAAACAACCGCUAAUCAAACGCAGGAUAUAGUGAUGUCUAAAUUAGAUAAAAGAAGAAAAGGCAUCUAUGGACCUCCGCUCGGUAAAAAUUGUAUUCUGUUCGUGGAUGACCUUAAUAUGCCUAUGCAAGAAAAAUACGGUGCACAGCCGCCUAUUGAGUUACUACGACAGUGGCUUGACCAUAAAAUUUGGUACGAUAGGAAAGAUACUUCAAAAAUUCAGCUAGAUGAUAUACAAAUAAUUGGAGCUAUGGGCCCACCAGGGGGUGGUAGAAGUCAUAUAUCUUCAAGAUUUUUAAGACACUUUAACAUUAUUUCCAUGACCAUUUUUUCUGACGAGGCAAUGCUGACCAUAUUUAAUACUAUAGUUACCCAUAUUUUAAAGGUCCGCCAGUUUCCUGCCGAAUAUUUUUCUGUAGGGAUGCAAGUAGUUGCGGCAACAUUGCAGAUCUACAAAUCAGCAAUUGGAAAUUUAUUGCCAACCCCGGCCAAGUCUCAUUAUACCUUUAAUUUGCGAGAUUUUUCAAGAACUAUCCAGGGCGUAUUGUUAGUGAGACCGCAAUCGAUAGAAAAUAAGAGAUCUUUAAUCAGGCUUUGGGUCCAUGAAAUUUACAGGGUGUUUUAUGAUCGCCUUACUGAUAUCAAUGACAGAGACUGGUUAUAUAAUUUAACAAAGAAAGUUGUCAGAGAACAUUUGAAAGAUAACUUUGAUGAUAUCUUUUCUCAUCUUGCUGUUAAAGAAGGAGAAGCUCCGACGGAGGAUGAUAUGAGAAAAUUAUUAUUUGGAGACUAUAUGGCUUCCGACAGUGAAACGGAUGAUCAAUUAUACGAAGAAGUUACUUCCUUAGAAGAUAUGAAUAACGUCGUUGAAUUAAAACUUGAAGAUUAUAACAUGACACAUAAGACUCCAAUGAAACUAGUUGUCUUUAGCUAUAUGCUUGAGCAUCUAUCUCGCAUUUGUCGUGUACUUAAACAAGCUGGAGGGAAUUUGUUGUUAGUCGGUGUUGGUGGUAGCGGACGGCAAUCAUUAACAAGUUUGGCUGCUUUUAUGUCAGGAUUUAAUGUUUUUCAACCAGAGAUUUCGAAGAAUUAUGGACGUUCUGAAUGGAAGGAUGAUCUCAAGAAAUUGUUGAAAGGGGCUGGUUGUCAAGGCAAACCUACAGUAUUCUUACUUGGAGAUAGCCAGAUCAAAGAUGAAUCAUUUUUAGAAGAUAUUGAUAGUUUACUGAAUUCCAGUGAGGUUCCUAAUCUGUUUCCACCUGAUGAAAAAGCUGAACUAAUUGAGGCCAUCAGACCUGUAGCUCAGGCGAAAGAUGUCAAUGCAGAGUUUACUCCAUUAACACUCUACAACUACUUUAUUGGUCGCUGUCGUGAUAAUUUGCAUAUUGCUUUAUGCAUGAGCCCAAUCGGAGACGCUUUCAGAACUCGAAUAAGACGAUUUCCUUCUCUGAUUAAUUGCUGUAAUAUUGACUGGUACCAGGCUUGGCCAGAAGAUGCCCUAGAAAUGGUGGCGUAUAAGUUUUUGGAAGACAUUGACCUUCAGGAAAAUGAAAGAGAUAACAUUGUUGAUCUUUGCAAGCUAUUUCACAAGAACAUUCGGCAGUUAUCGCAAAAGUAUUUAGCAGAAUUAAAUCGUCACAACUAUGUUACACCGACCUCAUAUCUUGAAUUGAUUUCCUCGUUUAAACUGUUACUUUCACAAAAACGAAAUGAGAUUAUAAAAGUUAGCAAACGAUACGAAGGUGGGCUUCAAAAGCUAGCAUUUGCAUCGGAACAAGUAGCCUCGAUGCAAAUUGAGCUUGAAAAUCUUCAACCUCAGUUAGUUCGAGCUUCUGAACAGAAUUCGGAAAUGAUGACGCUAAUUGAAAACGAGUCUAAAGAGGUUGAAGCCGCUAGUAAUAUUGUCAGAGAGGAAGAACAUAAAGCAAACGAACAGGCUGCUGAGGCUCAGGCAUUGAAGGAUGAGUGUGAGAAUGAUUUAGCUGAGGCUAUCCCAGCUUUAGAAGCUGCUCAAGCGGCUUUAGAUACACUUCGGCCAGCUGAUAUCGCAAUAGUAAGAACCAUGGUGAAUCCACCACCUGGGGUUAAGCUUGUGCUUGCUGCGGUUUGUGUCAUGCGAGGCAUAAAAGCCGACAAAGUUAAUAAUCCCGAUAAACCUAAUGAAAAGAUUCUGGAUUAUUGGGGACCUUCUAAGAAAAUGUUAACUGACAUGAAUUUUUUAAAUACACUGAAAAUAUAUGAUAAAGAUAACAUUCAGCCUCAAACAAUGGACAGAAUUCGUUCCGAAUUUCUAAGGAAUGAAAAUUUUGAUCCGGCUAAGGUUCGCACUGCAUCUUCGGCUGCUGAAGGACUUUGUAAAUGGGUUAUUGCUAUGGAAAUUUACGAUCGUGUUGCAAAGAUAGUAGCUCCGAAAAAAAUUAGAUUAAGAGAAGCAGAAGAAAAACUUUCUCAAAUAAUGGCUGCUUUAAAUGAAAAACGGUCGGAGUUAAGAGCUAUUGAAAGCAAAUUUACGUCACUUCAGAAUCAGUUGGAAGCCGGGCAAGAAAAGAAGGCCCAGCUCGAAUUUCAAGUUGACCUGUGUGCUAAGAAACUGGAAAGAGCUACUAAAUUAAUUGGUGGUCUUGGUGGUGAAAAUGAUCGAUGGAGAUCUGCUGUAAAAGCACUAGAAGAAGUGUAUAACAAUCUUGUAGGUGAUGUAUUAAUAUCUGCUGGAACCAUUGCAUACUUGGGACCUUUUACUUCUUCGUAUCGUUCGGUUUGCGUAGCGGGAUGGAACAGCAGAUGCAAGGAGUCACAAGUUCCUUGCUCUGCUGAAUUCUCUUUAAGCAAGACACUAGGAGAACCGAUUAAGAUACGAACAUGGAACAUCGCUGGUUUGCCGAAUGAUAGUUUUUCGAUCGAUAACGGAAUUAUUGUUGCAAAUGCAAGAAGAUGGCCACUCAUGAUUGAUCCACAAAGUCAGGCUAACAAGUGGAUUAAAACACUAGAACGUGAUAAUAAUUUAGCGAUAAUUAAACUAUCAGACCCUGAUUACAUGCGAGCCCUAGAAAAUUCGAUACAGUUCGGAAAUCCCGUUUUGCUUGAAAAUAUUAGCGAGGAAAUCGAUCCAUCGCUCGAACCUAUCUUAUUGAAGCAAGCUUUUAAGCAAGGGGGAAUACAAUAUAUGCGAUUAGGAGAGAAUAUUGUGCAGUAUUCUACUGAUUUUAGGCUAUACAUAACUACGAAGUUGAGGAACCCUCAUUAUCUUCCAGAAGUUGCUACGAAGGUAUCACUCUUGAAUUUUAUGAUUACACCGGAAGGGUUGGAAGAUCAACUUCUUGGUCUUGUUGUAGCUAGAGAAAAGCCUGAACUGGAAGAACAGAGGAACGCUUUGAUAGUCCAGAGUGCUACGAAUAAAAAGCAGUUAAAAGAAAUAGAAGAUAAAAUAUUAGAAACUUUGUCUUCAUCUGAAGGUAAUAUCUUAGAAGACGAAUCCGCCAUCCAAGUGCUUGAUUCCUCUAAAUCGCUUUCUGACGAAAUAACGAAAAAGCAGAAGAUUGCUGAAGAAACAGAAGAGAAGAUAAAUCAAUCAAGGGCAGGGUAUAGGCCUAUUGCCAAACAUUCUUCGGUUUUAUACUUCUCGAUUACAGACUUGGCAAAUAUCGAUCCUAUGUAUCAGUAUUCACUGUCUUGGUUCGUGAAUUUAUACAUAAAUUCGAUAACAGAAAGUAACAAGUCAAAGAUUUUGGAAAAAAGGCUGCGUUACUUGACGGAUCAUUUCACGUACAAUCUUUAUAGUAAUGUCUGCCGAUCACUUUUCGAAAAGGACAAGCUGUUAUUUUCAUUUCUCCUUUGCUGUAAUAUGUUGACGGCCAGGUCUGAAAUGGAUAGUGACGAGUUUAUGUUCUUUCUGACUGGCGGAGUUGGACUUGAAAAUAAGCUCCAAAAUCCAGCGCCACAGUGGCUGCCGGAUAGGGCUUGGGAUGAGAUCUGUCGAAUGUCAGAAUUGCAGUCGUUACAGUCUUUCAGAGAAAGCUUUGUUGGAGGUAUCGACGAUUGGCGUUUGAUGUACGAAUCUAAAGAACCUUAUAAAAUGCCUUUGCCCUCGCCGUGUAAUGAAAAAUUAAAUGACUUUCAGAGGAUGAUGGUCGUUCGGUGUUUACGUCCUGAUAAGGUUAUACCUACGAUAUUGGCUUUCGUUGAAGAAAAGCUAGGUCGUAAGUUUGUAGAUCCUCCACCCUUUGAUUUGUAUAAAAGCUAUGCUGAUUCUAGCUGUGUGGCACCACUGCUUUUUAUAUUGUCGCCUGGAGCUGAUCCAAUGGCGGGUUUAAUGAAAUUUGCCGAAGAUAAGGGAUUUAUUGGAAAUCGAUUUAAUGCCAUUUCGUUAGGCCAAGGACAGGGCCCCAUUGCUGCUAAGCUAAUUAAUGUUGCAAGUAAGGAAGGAAACUGGGUCGUUUUACAGAAUUGCCAUUUGGCUGUAUCUUGGCUACCGACUCUUGAGAGAAUUUGUGAAAAGCUGUUAGCUGAUAAGGUCGACCAGAACUUUCGUCUCUGGCUUACAAGCUAUCCUUCGGACAAGUUUCCAAUUCCAAUAUUACAAAAUAGCAUCAAAAUGACAAACGAACCACCAACUGGGCUACGACAAAAUUUACUUCAGUCCUACAGUAAUGAUCCGAUCUCUGAUCCAAAUUUCUUCGGUAAAUGUCGUGGGAAGGAGCAGGCCUUCAGUAAGUUAUUAUAUGGACUUUGCUUUUUUCACGCCCUUGUACAAGAGCGUCGAAAGUUUGGUCCAAUUGGCUGGAAUAUACCUUACGGCUUUAAUGAAUCCGAUCUGAGAAUUAGUAUACGCCAACUGCAGACCUUCGUAGGAGAUUAUGAUCAGAUCCCUUUUGAUGCUCUUCUGUAUUUAACUGGAGAAUGUAAUUACGGAGGAAGAGUAACGGAUGAGUGGGAUAGACGCUGCUUGCUGACAUUACUUUCGGACUUUUAUUGUUCUGAAAUCGUAAAUGAUUCCAAGUAUAAACUCUCGCCUAGUGGUAUUUACAUCGUUUUGUCUAGCGGGAAUCUUGAUAAUUACAUAGAAGAUAUAAAAAACUUGCCAAUGCAUCAACAACCGGAAGUUUUUGGACUACAUGAAAACGUCGAUAUCUCGCGUGAAUUACGAGAAACUAAACUGAUUUUUGAAUCACUGCUAAGUACACAAGGUAGUAAUGUUGCUACUGGAGUCAGUCGAAAAGCGGAUGAUACGUUAUAUGACAUUGCUCAAGACGUUAUGACGAAAUUGCCGUCUAAUUUCGAUCUGGCUGGUGCUAUUAAAAAGUAUCCUGUUAGCUAUUCAGAGAGUAUGAAUACGGUUCUAGUACAAGAAUUGAAAAGAUUUAAUGAUCUUCUAGAAGCUAUACGUUCAAGUCUUAGCAAUUUGCAGAAAGCUAUCAAAGGUCUCGUUAUCAUGUCUACCGAUCUUGAAUCUUUAUCCCAAAGCCUUCUUAUUGGAAAGGUAGUCCCAGAAUUGUGGAUGAAAUUUUCGUAUCCCAGCUUGAAACCCUUGGGAAGCUAUAUUGCAGACUUGUUAAUGAGGCUAAAGUUCUUAAAAGAUUGGUUCAACAAAGGCGAACCCGUGGUUUAUUGGUUGUCAGGUUUCUUUUUCACGCAGGCUUUUCUAACUGGUGUUAUACAGAACUAUGCAAGAAAGUACACCAUCGCGAUUGAUAAACUUAAUUUUAGUUACGAGGUAUUAUCGCAAAAUCAUGAUGAGAUCACAAAUUCACCAACGGAUGGUGCCUAUAUCUACGGUGUUUACUUAGAGGGAGCUCGUUGGGAUCGCGAUAGGAGGGUUGUCACAGAAUCUUAUCCAAAGUUACUGUAUGAUCUACUUCCGGUUAUUUAUCUUAAACCAGGUAUAAUAGGUGAAGUGUUAACCCUGCCAAUGUACGAUUGUCCGGUUUAUAAGACAAGCGCUAGACGUGGCACAUUAAGUACGACUGGCCAUUCUACUAAUUAUGUGCUGACUAUCAAGCUACCAACUGAAAAACCUGCGAAACACUGGAUAAAGCGAGGCGUUGCGUUAUUAUGUCAGCUUGACGAUUAG